AUGCACAUUGCACAGAGUAAGUAAAAAGAAUGUUUAAUGUUUAUACGGCGUUUGUCGAAGUUGGCCGAUACCCGUGCCAACUUCCGUAGGUUAAACAGUACCUAAUAGUACAGAGUAAAUGUAAUUUGUAAAUUGUAAUAAUAGAUAAUAAUAUUAUUAUUCGAAGUAUAUAUUACUACAUGACAUACCUAUGUUUUGUACAAACGCGACAUUGUUUCUUGAUUUCUUCUUUGUAAAUUGAAUUAGUGCAAAAAUAUCGAGUGCGCAACCUAGAAGGAAAAACAACUCUAUUAAAAUAAUUAAGAAAAUAACUACACUCAAUACUCAUCUUAAUUAAUAAACUCAACAAGGUUGCUACUUUGAAUAAGUUUCUUUGUAAUUAAGUUCACGACAAUUUGUUUUAUUUUAUAUUUGGCUGCGAAAUUGUCUUAUUCCAAAAAAAUAUCCAAGAUUGUAAACAUAAAACAAUUUUGUGGCUAUGAAGUGACAUUUGGAUUUUGGAAUUGUAUUAUUAUCUUCGGUGAAUGCAAUGGAAGUUUCAAACGAAAUAAAAGAAGAUAUUCGAAAAACACAGUCUGACUUAAAAAAUGCCAUACGGGUGCAUCAGAUUUGGGUUGCACGCCUUCAAGAAGAUGAAACUAAUAUUCACCUGAAAAAUAAAGUGAGUGAAGCUGAAAAAGAAAUUGUUGCUAUUGGACGUGCUCAAAAAUUAGUUGUUGAUAGACUUAGGAAAGAGUUGGAAUUGUAUCAACAACGCUUAAGAGCUAAAAAUAAGCAAGUCAGUAUAGAAAAUGACAAUCGCUAUAUUGCUCAACAAUUAAGAGACCACCAACUGCAAUAUUGCAAUAGGAAUCGCACCACAUCACUAUUGAAACCUUCAGUGUUAAAUGAAAUUCAAAUAAAAACAGAGAAUGUAACAGAUGAUGUUAAUAACGAGUCAGAUAUAGAAAACGACAUUAAACCCCUGGAAAAAGAAACAAAUAAUGAAGAUGACAGACACAAAGAAAGUUUCGUUAGAAAUUUUCCACAGUUGGAAAAUUUAAUACACAAUGACAGGAGUAACUUUGAAAAUGCUCUCAACAAGGUUAAGGAAGUAUUUUUGGGAACAAAGUUUGAUGACAAUGAUUGGCCAGAUAGAUCAGACUCAGAUUCAUCACCGAAUACAGAGCUUACACCAGCUCCAUCACCACCUCUUGUGGUUGUACCAGAAGAGCCAUUAUCAAAAAAAGCCUUCAUGAGGGUUCUUGGCUUGGUUACACCAAUCCAAAAAGAAAUUAUGGAGAAAAUAAUAAAUGAAAAUCGUAAAAGAGCUUCAGGUGCAAAUAGAAAUGAAUUUGUCUAUGGCAAUUAUGAAAUGGUUCCUAAACGGAAGAAACUAAACCAAUACCCAUAUCUACAGAACCAUAGUGAUCCACCACAAACGCGAUCAGCUAAGCUUCGAAAGCAGAAUCAAAAUAAAUCAUCCCGUGAGGGAUCUCCAUCAGGAUCAUCAACGGAUAAUAAAGGUUGGGCAAACAAACCAGCCUGGAUGGCAACUCUACCAGCUGGCCUGUCAGUGGAGCCAGUUUACUCACCAACUAAAAAAGUUUGUCAUGGCUGCGGAAGGAAUGAUGUGCCGUCGCUGCUAGUGCCGUGCGCGGAGUGCGCGGUGUGGCAGCACACGGGCUGCGGCGCGGAGGGGCGCUGCGCCGCGUGCCGCGCGCCCCUGCCUGAGCCCGCCUGCGCCGCAACGCCCUCCAGGAACGCGCACCUCUAUACUGAUAAGUUAGCGGAACGUAAAAGGCUACAAGAGAAAAACAUAGAACUGUGCGUCGAGUUGCGGAAGCUGGAAGCACGAGCGGCGACUUUGAAAGAGAACCUCGACGAACACAAUGCUGAGAAGAGGCAACUGUUGGCGGACCAAAUAAAAACGCAAAGAAACCUCCAGAAACUUCUAGACUUUAUCAGCCAGUUUAAGGAAACCUCAAUCAGUGUUCAUUCAACGAGCGUCAGUGAAUCUGGGAGUGAAGUUAGCAAAAGCAACGAAGAAUGAUCUAGUAGGUAAAAAAGAACACAACAUCUUAAAUUAUAUUGACCAUAAGAAUGUUUUCUAUAUAGUAUAUAAUUUAAGAUGCGUUAAAUGUUGUUGAUUUGUCAUUGUCUUGUUAUGGAGUGUAGCAGUUAAUUAUACUUAUUUUUAUAAACCAAUUUGUAUUAUAGUUGAUUUUAUUGUAACAUAUCGUCUCGAGUAUUGUUUUUUUUAAUAUUUCUUGGGAUCGUGAUUAUAUAAUGUUAUUUUGGUUAAAUCAAUUAAUAGGAUAUUCUCAAAUGUUAUUAUAGAAAAUAUCGAAAGGGUAUAAAAAAUGUCCAAUUUCUUAAGAAUGUCUUUAUUUUUAGUUAAUCAAAUUAUUCCGUAAAUCCAAUGCAGAAUGUUAUUUUUGGAUCACAUUUAAAGUUAGAAUAAAAAUUACAAACCCAAAUUAAAAAUAAAGAGAAGUGUUCAAGUAACUCUUAACUAACUAGAUAUAAGUAUUAUUAUUGUAUAUCUGUGUAGACUUCUGUGUAGUACAAAAUGUGAAUGAUUUGGUAAUUGAUGAAUGUAAUUAAUUCUCUGUGAUAUGAUUAAGUUUUCCUUUAAUGUUACUUUUUGUGAAUCCAGGGUACUACGUCAAUAAAACGUAUACGUUGGUA